CUUUCCCCUGUGGAGUUAGACAGAUGCUCUGAGUGGGGCAUCAUUGGUUACUGAGGUGCCUCCAGGUGGUUGGAAGUUGAGGACAAGAAUUAGCAGGAGGGGUGCAGGAUGCCUUUGUGAGAGUGGGGAGCAGGCUUUGUUCAGGGGAGGUAAGGGGGUGCUCUGUUUCGUUUGGGGGUUCAGGACAGCAGCUCACGUUCUCAUUUCUGUAGGAGUUUGUGGGUGUCUUUGGAAGGAGAGACACGUGAAGACACACACUCAAAAACUCACAGUGUGGUCUCCAUGUAGGAGCUCAUUGUUCCUCACCCUCUCCUGUGACCAAGGACAGGAGGGGUGGCCUUUCCUCAUUUCCAGGUCCUUCUGACUGUGAGUGUCGUGUGAGCUGAUUAAGACGCUGAGCUGACGUCUUUGAAGGCACAUUCUGUGACUCCUCAACAUAUCCUCGCCUGAGACGACAACCCAGACCCUGAUCAGGACCAGGACCAAAUGGCUGCUUGUCAGGGACAGUUGUCCUUCAGAGAUGUGGCCAUAGAUUUCUCUCAGGAGGAGUGGGAAUGCCUGGACCCAGUUCAACAGAAAUUGUACAUGGAUGUGAUGUUAGAGAACUACAGCAACCUGGUCUCCCUGGCUACCUUAUCUGAAGACAAACAGGCCAUGCUACAAAAGGCAGAAAUGGAAGAUUUAUUCCCUAAAAUAAUACUGAGAGAGCAUACCGGAGAGAAGCCUUAUAAAUGUGGAGAAUGUGGCAAAGGAUUCAGUAAUACCUCAAGUUUUAAUCGCCAUAAGAGAGUUCAUACUGGAGAAAAACCCCAUAAAUGUAGGGAAUGUGGCAAAGCCUUCCGUACUGCAACAAACCUUACUUGUCAUCAGAGAGUUCAUACUGGAGAGAAGCCCUACAAAUGUAGAGAAUGUGACAAAGCCUUUAGCAGGUCCUCAUCUCUUACUUAUCAUCAGAGAGUUCAUACUGGAGAGAAGCCUUUUAAAUGUGCAGAUUGUGGCAAAACUUUCCGUGUAGCAUCAGACCUUACUUAUCAUCAGAAAGUUCAUACUGUAGACAAUCCUUAUAAAUGUGAAGAAUGUGGCAAAGCCUUCCGUGGGCAAACAGACCUUACUUACCAUCAGAGAAUUCACACUGGAGAGAAGCCCUACAAAUGUAGAGAAUGUGGCAAAGCCUUCAGUGUGCCAAGAAAUCUUACUUAUCAUCAGAGAGUUCAUACUGGAGAGAAGCCCUACAAAUGUAGAGAAUGUGGCAAAGCCUUUAGCAGGUCCUCAACCCUUGCAUAUCAUCAGAGAGUUCAUACUGGAGAGAAACCUUAUAAAUGUGGCAAAUGUGGCAAAGCCUUCAGGAGGUCCUCAAGGUAUAGAGUUCAUCAGAGUAUUCAUAGUGGAGGGAAGCCUUAUAAAUGUAAAGAAUGUGACAAAGCUUUCAGGGGGGCAACAAACCUUACUUAUCAUCGGAGAGUUCAUGCUGGAGAGAAGCCCUAUAAAUGUAGAGAAUGUGGCAAAGCCUUUAACCAGUGUUCCUGCCUUUCUGUACAGCAGUGUCCAUAGUUGAGAGAAGUGUCACAGAUGUUAGUGUUGUUAGUCCUUUACCAACUGCAAGAACUUAAUAUCACAGAAUUUAUACUGGGAAGAAGCCUUUAACUAUCUCUUUCCUUGAGAGGGCUCCAGAGGGCACACGAGGACAUUUGGCCGCGCCUCCGCGCCAUCUAUGAAACCAGCCCAACCCCAACUCCUCAUCAGUACAGACCAGGAGAUUGGGUCUCCAUAAGAAAGCACCGCUGGGAGACCCUCGAACCACGUUGGAAGGGCCCCUACACUGUGGUGCUGACAACCCCCACCGCUCUCAAGGUAGACGGCGUCUCAACCUGGGUCCAUUACACUCACGUCCGGUCAGCGGUUCCAUCCAUGCACCAAAUGGAGCAUCGAUUGAGAUCAACACAACCCGCUUAAGCUCAAGCUACGGUGUGCUCGACCUGCCUGAUGCUGGUAACAUUGCUCUUGAUCACUCCUGCUACCGGGAGCCCCACAACACUGUGUA